AUGACCGUGUGUAACAAACAGGACAAGGACAUGAGCUACAAAGCCUUGAAUGAGAAGAAAAGUAACGUCAAGUGUGUGGUUGUUGGAGAUGCCAUGGUUGGCAAAACCAGCCUAUCAAGGAGGCUUGCGUGUCUAGGAUUUGCUCAGGAUUACAACCCCACAACUUUCGACAACUAUGCAG